GCCGCGCCGUUCCGCGCCCCGCGCAGCCGCCGCCACUGCUGCCUGGCGGGUCUCCGUCCCUGCUCCGCGCCCCGCUCCUUCCCCCUCCCCUUUUCUUUUUUUUUUUUUUUUUUUAUUUCUAUUUUUUUCAGCCUACCCCCCCAUCCCGUUUUUCUCCUCCGCCCCCUCCCCGCGGCCGGUUUGCAUGCAUUGUCUGUCUCCCAAGAUGGUUUGUGAGACCAAGAUUGUGGCGGAAGAUCAUGAAUCAAUCCCGGGAUCCAAAAAAGACACGAUCAUUGUUUCUUCCUCCCAGAUGUGGCCCUCUUUGGCGGGCUCCCCUUCCUCCCCCCCGCCUCCCCUCAGCUCCCCAAAAGAGGACCCCCGCCGCGACAAUGUCUAUAUCCGCGAAUUCCACCCCUCCGAGCAGGAGGUGGUGCGCCGCAUAUUUUACGAGGGUAUCAUGGAGCGGAUCCCCAACACGGCGUUCAGGGGGCUGAAGCAGCAGCCCCUCACUCAGCUGCUCUACGGGCUGCUGGCGGUAAUAUGCUUUGUUGUGACCAAGUCCUUCCUGCUGACCUGCUGUUUGCCCAUCUUUCUGAUGGGCAUGAGGUACUACUUCAGUAGAAAAGUUAUCCUCCACUAUCUCGAUUGUGCGCUGCAUACGGACAUGUCCGAUAUUGAGCAAUAUUACAUGAAACCGCCAGGCUCCUGCUUCUGGGUCGCUGUCCUGGAUGGCAACGUGGUGGGGAUCGUGGCAGCGCGGGGCAAUGAGGAAGACAACACAGUGGAGCUGCGCCGCAUGUCCGUCGACUCCAACUACCGCGGCAAAGGGAUUGCCAAGGCCCUGGGCCGCAAAGUGCUGGAGUUUGCCAUGCUCAACAACUACUCCUCUGUUGUGUUGGGAACCACGGCCGUGAAGAUGGCAGCCCACAAGCUCUACGAGUCCUUGGGGUUCAAGCACGUGGGUGUUGUCGAACAUUAUGCCCUGCCGGGGAUGACGCGCUCCUUACUGGAGAGAAUGUUUUUCCAGCUCCGCUACCACCGCUACCGCCUGCAGCUGCGGGAAGAAUAAAAAACCCCAACCAAACACACACACACAAAAUUAUUUUUUUCCCCUCCUUCUCCCCCUUCAAAAAUAAUAAAUUUCCCGUCUCUUUCUCA